UCAGUUUCCUAAAUAUAGCGGACGAGGGUCUGUAGGCGCUGUAGUCACUUUGAUAAGAAAAGAGGCAACACAGAAGCGAACAAAAGCAAGCCAUGCCAAACUGAAACUGGAGUAUCAGAGCUGACAGUGGAGCGAUGUGUUAAGGAGUGUCUGUUGAACUGCGCGCUGAUAUUCUUAUUUGGCUGUUGGAGAAAGUUGUUUUGGCAAUGGGGAGGAAGAAGAUCCAGAUCACCCGGAUCGUAGAUGAGAGGAACCGACAGGUGACUUUUAUGAAGAGGAAGUUUGGUUUGAUGAAGAAGGCCUAUGAGUUGAGCGUUCUGUGCGACUGCGAAAUUGCCCUCAUCAUCUUCAACAGCUCCAACAAGCUGUUCCAGUAUGCCAGCACUGACAUGGACAAAGUCCUCCUCAAAUACACCGAGUACAACGAACCCCAUGAGAGCAGAACCAACUCUGACAUUGUAGAGGCCCUGAACAAGAAGGAGCACAGAGGCUGUGACAGUCCGGAUGCUGAUGCCUCCUACAUCCUCACCCCCAGCACUGAGGAGAAAUACAAGAAGAUUAAUGAAGAGUUUGACAACAUGAUGAAGAGUCAUAAAAUUCCCACUGGCCUUCCACAGCAGAACUUCAUGCAUGGCAGCAUGUCUUACAGCCUCGGUACAGGAGGAGGAGCAGGAGGAGGAGGAGCGACCUCUCAAGCUCUAGCUGCAGCCACAGCAGCUCUCGCUGAUAGUGGGAUCCUCUCCUCACCACACACACACCUCCACAGAAACAUCCACCCUCCACAAAGACCUCCCAGCACUGGAAAUGCAGGUGUGUGCAUGCAUGUGUGGCCUGCAGGCAGUUCUGACAUGGCUCUGCAGAACGGCUCUGGAGCAGUUGUGAACGGAUUUGUGGGCUCGCCUGGUGGAGGCAGCAUGGGGAAGAUCAUACCACCCAAAUCUCCUCCUCCUCCUCUCCCACCUCCUGGGAACAGCCUGGGCCCUACCAACCGCAAGACAGACCUGCGAGUCGUCAUCCCUCAGUCCAAAGGAAUGAUGCAAACUCUGAGUAAUCAGAGGCUGAGCAGCAGUCAGUCCAGCCAGCCUCUGUCCACUCCGCUGGUCUCCAUCACCACACCCAGUCUGCCUCACCAGAGUCUGGUUUACUCCGGCAUCAGCUCUGCCUACAACAACGAUUACUCUCUGAACAGUGCCGAGCUGUCAGGCUUCAACUCCCCUGCAGGUCCCUCUAUGGGCUCCAUGACGGCAUGGCAACAACACCAGCUGAGCUCUCUCGGGUCUGGGAGCUCCAAUCUCUCCAUCAACACAAACCACAACAUCAACAUCAAAGCCGAGCCAAUCUCCCCACCCCGCGACCAUCUCAGCCAGUCAGGGUACAUGACCCAGGCUCAUGCCCCUCCUCAUCCUCACUCCUCCACCAGAGCAGAGAUGGGGAGGUCCCCUGCAGACAGCGUCAGCUCCUCCUGCAGCUCCCACGAGGGCGGCAGCGACCGGGAGGAGCAGCAGCGUCUGGACUUCCACGUGCUCCCUGUGAGUCGCUCAGAGGGAAGAGAGAGUCCAACGGUCAAACGAAUGCGAAUGGACAGCUGGGUGACAUAGAGCGUACAGUCACAUGAGGUCACAACACCAGGGCAAACACAGGAAGGACAUUGUUAUGCAAAUGAAAUGUGGAUUUUAUUGAUGUGUUCUGUUAUUUUUAUUAAGUUAUCUUUUUUUUUUUUUAUUUGGCGGUCAGAUUUUUUAGAAGGGUUGAGCAAAACGUGUCAGAUUCAUCUCAUCAACUUUCAGAAAAUUUUCAGUGGUACUUAAAACGAAAAACACCAUCCUUUCAUUCAAUCAUUUAAGCAUCACAGACUGAUAACAUGGGUCCAAUCGCAGUACAAUCUGUCAUUUUCUUCUCCAGUGGGAUGCAGUACUGCACACACACAAGGAUCAAAAGAUGUGAAAUUAGUGUCAUCUGUCAGUCUCGUGGCUUCAUCAUUUUUGGUAGGAAAGCAGUGAAGUGCUUCUGGAUGUCUCCCACUGGGUGUCACCCAAUCCAUUUCUGAUCUACUCAGGGUUUGAAACAUUGAACGAGUCCAACAUGAAAGCAAUACUCCCACCACAUCACCCCUGUUACUCCUCUUUAUACAAACACGUAUUUAUAUCAGCCAAAGCAGUAUGCUGUUUUUAUGUUUGUGUGUGUUUUUAUAUCGUGCACAGAAUAAGACAGAAUAUUUCAUUCAGAUUUAAAACUGAAAGCCAUGGACACUUGUUCUCUAUGUACUAUGGAAAUAUGUCGUUAUUGUUUUGUAUAUACUAUCUUUAAUAUAUAUCACUUUUGGUGUAACUCUA